AGCCACGUAUGGAACUUCGGUCCGGUAACCGUGAACUUCGUUGAAUCCAACCGCCAUUUGACGUAAAUAUUGGUAUGCCAGCCAUACAGUCUUCAUCUGUGUCGGAGAGACAGGGAAGAGUAUCUCUCAGGUCGCAUGGUCUGCAACGCGCAGCUUCCUUGUCCUCAGAUGAUGACGAAUCAGGUAAUCAUGGCAGUUCGGCAAAUGGUCGAAGAGGAAGGGGAAAAGGGAGAGGUACUGGCACCGACAAGGGAAAAGGGAAACGGGGUGGUAGGGUUGGCGGUAUAAACAACCCUAUCCCCUUUGACAUUCAGAUUGAUGAUGAUCGUGAUGAUGGACACGGUACCGCCAGAAUGGUCCAGCCGGAUCCAAGUCGAGAUACGCCUGAAGCGGGUCCUAUCUUUGCAUAUGGCCUGCAAAAAGUCCCGAUGGUGGGUGAUUUGCCCUAUUUUAAUGAUAACAGUGCAAUCGCUGUGGACGAUGCGAAUGGAAGGAUAUACAUGUAUGGAGGCCAACGGCCGGACACUAUAGACCAGUGGAGUUGCGAUUUCAAUGUCUGCAGUGUGAAUGACAUGUCGUGGCAAACUUGGACGCUGUCUUUGGGUGUUCCGUUCAAAAAACCCAAACCACUACCUUGUCUAUACCGUGCGGCAUCUACAUUCCUAAGAAUGUAUGGAUGCGAAUAUGUUUUUCUAUUUGGUGGAUGCGACGAUGAUACAUCACAAAUUUCUUCAAAACUCAUUGCUAUUGAUGUUAGCGCGAAGAUAUGGGCGUAUGUCAACGUGAAAGGAGAUAUCGCCCCCCGCAUAGACGCGGCUAUGGUAGGAAUUGGCAACCGGCUUUACGUUUUUGGUGGACGUCCAAAUGGCAAUGUUGAAGGCCGUAGCAUCCUUCGUUCAUAUUCCGUGGCAGAAUGCGAUGAAUAUUGCCAUUGGUCUUGGAUCGUGGAAGAUGAACCAUACACCGCUGAUGUCCCUAAUCUCGGUUUCGGAGGCGGGGCCUUUCCUAUCUACGAUGGUAUGAAAAUCCUUCUCACUCCCGGACGUAUUCAUACUACUGCGGACAUUACGAUGUCAGAGAACAAUGUAGUGUUUUUCCAUACUGAAAACCGAACUUUCCAAAGCGUAUCUAAAACAAACGGAAAUUUUCCGUCAAACCUUCAGUGGUAUAAUUCGUAUGCUGUCAAACCUUCUCAGAGAACAUCGAUUCCGCUGCCCCGUGCUGCAGGCUUACCGCCCAGGGAGGCUCUAACAGUUGGACCGUCACAUCCAUUUACAGUUAUCGUGGGCUGGAUCAAGUCUCCCGACCAUGAAGGAUAUCUUGUCCCGGAGGUUUGGCAGUACUUUAUCCCUCCGAAAGAGCGUGUCCAGUGUCUCAACUUGCACCGGAAGUUAUGGGCGCUGGAUCUCGACUUGCAGACAUUCAUUACCGUCAACGGACGGCACUUUUUGUUUGGAGUUGAUGAAGACGAUGUGUCUAGCAAAAACACAGUUUAUAACGUAUGUGUUGAGCUUGAUCUUCAAAAGCUUCAACCGCCACCAGAGAAGAAAACUCCAUCCGUGCCGGUUCGAAAUGUGAAGGGUGAAAACAUGAAACGGGAAUUCGAUGAGCACGAAUCGGAGAUGACAAUGUGGUGAAUCCAGUAAACACGGUUUUGAUCUUAUUUUUUUCUUACUCGUCACACACUUAUACCCCCUGUUCAAUCAUUCACUUGUAUAGUUAUCGUCGCUUUUGAUUGUAUCGUGUACUACUAUCGUCGUUUGCAGUUUACAUUUUUCUACACGUCCCGUUGGCCUAAAUAUACCACUGAUCGGUUGCAUCCUCUCAGUAGCUGUAUAUGGUCGAUUUUCCUGUAUGGACAUUUAUGCGGAC